AGUGCAUUAGUGUCCUCGCAGUCGCUGGCUAGUUCGCAGCAUGUCGCUAACGCAUUUUGACGUGCAGACAAAAAUCUGGCGCGGUCCACUGACGGCCCCGUUGUACAAUCCGGCCCAAGGAAUCGGUGAGCUGCUGUACCGGGUGCUGCAGCGGACACCGACCCGAAUCGCUCAGAUCAGCGCCGAUACGGGACGGUCGAUCACGUACAAGCAGCUGCACCUGUGGAGCGUCCGAUUUGCCCAAUCGUUAACCGGUGCCUGUGGGCUGCAGCGUGGCGAUAUGGUGACGGUGGUGGCAAGAAAUGGCGAACAGUUGGCUGCCGUUGUGUUCGGUUGCUUUAUGGCGGCGGUUCCGCUUAACACGCUUGAUCCUACCUUUCGGGCGGAAGAUUACGAGCACAUGCUCCGCACGGUGGAACCGAAAGCAAUCGUUUGUGACGGUGAGCUGGUGGCGGUGUUGAAGGUGGCCUGUGAAGCGGCUGCAAUCGAACCACAGUUGAUCGUGGUUGGAAAACGCAUCAACGGUUAUCCGACGGUGGAUGAUUUCCUGCUACCGAACGGAAUGGAGGACCAGUAUGUUCCGGAGCACGUGGAAAAUGCGGCGCAAGAGCUUGCCAUCGUGCUGUGCUCUUCCGGCACGACCGGCCUUUCGAAGGGUGUUUGCCUUUCGCACGCCAUCUGCAUCGCGCACACGUCCGCACUGUGGAAAGCGACCGAUUGCGACCGCGUGGUGUGCUUCAGCUCGCUGUACUGGGUGUCCGGGUUGGGCGUGCUGCUGAACGCGAGUAUGGCCGGUGCGACUCGAAUCAUCACCCGGAACAGCUUCGAGCCCCGGUUGCUGAUCGAUCUGGUGGAACAGUAUCGCGCCACGACGCUGUUUAUGCCACCGGCCCAAGCGCUGGCACUGCUGGGCGAUCCUACCAUAGGGAUGGCGGAUUUUUCCAGCCUGCAGCUAGUGCUCUGUGGCGGUGGGCCGGUGUCCGGUGAGCUUAAAGGCUCGUUCGAACGGUAUCUGCCGAAGCGGGCAAAGUUUAUCGUCGGAUACGGACUGUCGGAGAUUGGUGGUGGUUGUUUUUCCACCGUGCUGCUGUACAAAGCGGGCGCCAUCGGCACACCGAAUGCUGGUGUGGAAGCGAAAAUAGUGGACGCCGCAGGGACGGCCUUGGACGCGGACCAGGAAGGUGAGCUGCUCGUCCGCGCCGAGCACGUUUUUCUCCGCUACUACGGCAAUCCAUCGGAAACGGCCGAAAUGCUCGAUCGCGACGGAUGGCUCCACACCGGUGACGUUGCCCGGUACGACACGGACGGUGUGUUCUUUGCGGUGGAUCGGCGCAAGGACAUCAUCAAGUAUGGUGGCUUUCAAAUCUCGCCCACCGAACUGGAGGCAACGAUUAUGCAGCUUUUUGCCGGGCGUUUGCUGAUGGUUUGCGUAACCGGCGUUCCGGUGCCGGGUAACGAUCUCCCGGUGGCACUGGCGGUGCGGCAAACGGAUGACGGAGCAGUGAGCGGGCGGGAGAUUGUGGACGCGAUGGCGGACACGGUGACCGACUUUAAGCGGCUACGGGGUGGUGUGUUUUUCGUCGACAGCCUACCGAUGACACCGUCCGGUAAGAUUGUCCGUCGACGGUGCAAAGAAAUGGCCAUCGCGUUGUACGAGGCAGAGCGGGCAAAGGGGACGCCAGUGAGGAGCGUUAUUGUAUGAUGCAUGGGUUAUUGAUUUGCACUUGGAUCGAUGAUGGUUCGAAAGGCCCAUAGUGCGGCUUUCUGCGGUAGAAUUCACGAUAGAAAUGUUUG